AUGAACUUUACAAAGAUUGUCGGCGGUUUUCUGAGAGGUUUUGGUUUGUUAUCCACACCAGUUUGGAUCAAAAUCUCUUCACAUCAUAUACAAGGCCAGACACGAAAAACAAACAGCAUGGCCGUGUACUCCAUUUCAGGAGGGCCGCGCAGAGGUGGCGGGUCGGACACCGCCAGGACUCCGCCGCAGAUUCUGGCUGGCUUGGGUUACUGCAAGUGGUUUAAUGUCCGCAUGGGGUUUGGAUUUAUAUCGAUGACCAGCAGCGAGGGGAAGCCAGUGGACCCUCCGCUAGACGUGUUCGUUCACCAAAGUAAGCUGGUGAUGGAGGGCUUCAGGAGUCUGCGGGAGGGCGAGCAGGUGGAGUUCACCUUUAAGAGGUCAAGUAAAGGUCUGGAGUCGCUCCGGGUGACGGGGCCCGGCGGAGGCCCCUGCUCCGGCAGCGAGCGACGCCCCAAAGGGAAGGCCCCACCCCUCAAGCGCAAACCAAAGGGAGACCGGUGUUAUAACUGUGGAGGUCUGGACCACCACGCUAAAGAGUGUGGCCUUCCACCCCAGCCAAAGAAGUGUCACUACUGUCAGAGUGUCACGCACAUGGUGGCCCAGUGUCCCCACAAGGGGGCGCCGUCGCCCUCCGCGUCUCAGGACCCCCAACGCCCCUCCACCUCCGCUCAGUCCCAGGAAGAGGAGAGCCGUUCAGGCUCGUCUUCAUCCCCGGAGGAGGCUUCUCACAGAGGGAGUCGCUCCCAGCGCUGGAGAAAGAGCCGGGACUAA